UGGUCUUGUCACUGAACUAAAAUCGCGAAUUCCGCUAAAGCAAAGAACGAGUCAUGUCAGCAUUCUUUUAACCACAAGGCCAAACGACAAUGUUCUGUCCAGCUUUUACGAUCUCAUGGAUGAAUUCCCUGAGAUUCGGAUUCCUGGGGAAAAGGAGUCCGAGAGGAUUGCGGAAGAAGUGAACCUCGUGAUCAAAGAUCGGGUCCAUGAACUGGGUGUAAAGAAGAGAUUGAAUCAAAGAUUGAAAGAUCACUUGGAAGAGAAAUUACUGAGGAUGCCACAUCGGACCUACUUGUGGGUAUACCUUGUGUUCGAAUACCUGGAUACACACUCGUUUGAGAAGCGCACAACCAGCAUCGAUAGAAUUAUCGACAACUUUCCAACGGGUCUCAAUUCAGUAUACGAAAACCUUCUCUUGAGAUCCGAGAACAGGUACAUGGCCCGAAAGGCAUUUUGUAUCAUUCUAGCCGCGACUAGGCCACUGAAUGUGCAGGAAAUGAACAUAGCUGUCCAUGUCGACAAGUCAUCUACCGACCUUGAUGACCUCGAAAGCAAUGAGGACUUUGAAAUUACCCUGAGGAACUGGUGUGGUCUGUUGGUAUCCAUCAACGCAGAUAAAGUAUAUCUUCUGCAUCAAACAACACGCGAAUACUUGCUCCAGGCAGGGCUUUCCGGUUGCGCAGACGGCCAAGAUGGGCCAAUCACUAUGCAAGAAGCACAUGCAGUUCUUGCAUUCAGUUGUAUUGGUUUCCUUGAACUGGCGCAGCAGAAACCCGAAUUUCUUGAUUAUUCGAUCAAUAAUUGGACGACUCACACCCGUGACUCGUCUCUAAACCGUGACCGGAGCCUUUCACCGAGGUUGGAAAAGCUCUGCGACCCUCAUGAAGGGACUGCCGGCCGCUGGAUCCCUCACUAUCAAGGGCAGGAAGACUGUCAGUUUUCCUACCCAUGGCAAAACAUCGACCUCGAGCAUAUCAAUACCUUGUGGAUAGCCUCCGCGUUUGGAAUGACUGCACCAGUAGAGCAGAUACUGCGGCGAGGCGAGGUCAACGAUGUGGUUGAUAGAUUCGAAAGAAAUGCUGUUUUAAUGGCUGCUCACGGCGGCCAUGACUCGGUCCUCAAACUCCUGGUCGAUUCAAACCAAUUCGAUGUUAACUGUCGUGACUUCUGGGAGUUGAUAGCAUUGAGCUUCGCUGUCAUGUUAGGGGGCCUAGCAUCAGUCAAGGUUCUGUUGGAUUGCGGAAAGCUCGAUUUGGGCCCCAAGGAAUUGAUUGUACCAUUCCAGAGCGCGAUUGAAAGUGGGGAUGAGGAGGUUCUCAGACUGCUGCUGUGCUCUGAGAAAGUUAGCGACAUUGACUUCAGAUCCCCCAAGGGAGACACGCCAUUGAUUAUGGCCUGCCGAAUAGGGAAUAAGGGGAUCGUAAACCUCGUACUUGAUUCAGGGAAAGCCAAUCUCAAUCUCCGCGGAAGUGGUGGGUCAACGGCUCUGGCUGUCGCUACAAGAGAAGAACAGGAAGGAAUCGUAAGGCUUUUGCUAGGCACCAAAACAGUUGAUGCUAAUGCACCCGACGACAAUGGCUGGACGGCGUUCUUGCGUGCUGCUGAUACAAGAAACGUGACUAUCAUCCAGCUUUUCAUAGAUUCAGGCAAGGUUGAUUAUACCAAAAAGCUGAAUGACGAUUCGACAGCAUUGCAUCUGGCGGUACAAAACAACAGUGUAGACGCCGUUAAAGCACUGCUACCUGUUACAGUUCAAGUAGAUGCGCUAGAUGACGAGCAAUGUACUCCCUUGAUCUAUGCUGCUUGGAAUGGGUAUGAGAAUGUUACUAGACUCCUGCUUGAGUCGGGAGGGGUUGAUGUUAAUUUGAGUGGAGGGGUAUCGGACACAACUCCACUAUCCUUAGCCAGAUCAAGUGGCCAUGAUGACAUUGUCAAGUUACUUCUCGAGUUUGGAGCCAUCGAUGAUUAG